CGCGGCUCCGACCCAGCGACAAAUGAAAGAGAAACUAAAGGUCUGUCAGGGAAGUGGCUCCAUUAUCCCGCAGAUCGCACCGUAGCAGCUCGGACAAUGCUCGCUCCUCAAACGUGAGCGCGUGAAGCAGCGGCACCGUCGAGUCUUCCGUCAGAAACCAACACGAGAAAAGUGCGCCCGAAGUUCGCCCGAGGUCACGACGGGGCGACCAUGUCGCGCGGCUCGAACGCGGGUUUCGACCGACACAUCACCAUAUUUUCGCCGGAGGGCCGCCUCUACCAAGUCGAAUAUGCCUUCAAAGCCAUCUCCCAGAACGGCCUGACCACCGUGGGGGUCCGCGGGUGCGACAGCGUGGUGGUGGUCACGCAGAAGAAAGUGCCCGACAAGCUGCUGGACUCGUCCACCGUCACCAACAUGUUCAAACUGACCCCUCGCAUCGGCUGCGCGAUGACCGGACACAACGCCGACAGCCGUUCCCAGGUCCACCGGGCGCGGGUGGAGGCCGGCGAGUGGAAGUACAAGUUUGGCUAUGACAUCACGGCCGACGUGCUGUGUCGCAGGCUGGCGGACAUCUCCCAGGUUUACACUCAGAACGCUGAAAUGAGACCUCUGGGCUGCUGUAUGAUCAUGGUGGCUGUGGACCCCACGCAGGGCCCGGUCCUGUAUAAGUGUGACCCGGCGGGCUACUACUGUGGCUUCAGAGCCACCGCAGUCGGGGCCAAGCAGACGGAGGCUAACAGCUACCUGGAGAAGAAACUGAAGAAGAAGCCGGAGCUGAGCCACGACAAGGCAGUACAGUUGGCCAUUUCCUGUUUGUCCUCUGUCCUGUCCUUGGAUUUCAAGUCCAGCGAGCUGGAGAUCGGCGUGGUGACCAAAGACAAGCCAAAGUUCAGGACAUUGUCCGAGGCAGAGAUAGAAGUCCACCUCGUUGCUAUUGCUGAACGGGAGUAGAGGUGCAGUCGCCCGUGAGCCUCUGAUGCUUCGUGGCGUUCCGUUUUCAGCGCGUUAGAAACAGUCUAAACUCCAGAUGGUCACUGGAUUUCGCUUGCGUCCAUAAAACUUAGCCAAGCACAAUCAGAAUCAGAGAACAUGACAGAACAUCACAACCUAUGAAGGCUUAGCACAGGCCCAACACACCAUCCUUAUACUGAAACAUAUUUCUAGAGUCAAAGAGUUGUUUCCCUGCUUAUUCUUCUUGUUCAGAUGUGAGUAUUUGUCAUACAGCUUAUUUAUACUGUAUCUUAACACCACUGUUUUCAUCUACACGUGUAAAAUGAAAAUAAAAUUUCACAUCUUUCUCAUCUUUGGCCACUUCAAAACUACUGUCAUUAAAAAUCAAUCAAUUAAAACUUU